AUGAGUGACGACUCUAGUCAUUUUCUUGGGACUAUAGAAGAGAUAGCCAGUGGCGCCGCCUCCCCUGUUGUCCACGAGCUGACCGCGCACGAGGAAUCCGAUGACGAGGAGUUUGUUUACCCUGGUGUUUCUGACGGUAUUUCCACAGAGACGCCGAUAGAGUCCAAACUUCCUGCCCUCUCGGUAGCAGCCUCCCCAAUUCCUGUUAUCUCGGCGGCUCCGGUGCCUGCGAAAAGGCCGCCUUCCCCCGCCCAGCUAGAGGCCUUGCACGCCGCAGCAGCACGAGGAGAGUUAAAGCGGGUUCAAACUGUGUUCCGCAACGCCAUUGAGUCUGGUGAUGUCGAGUCAUUUGCUCUCGCCAACGAUGCACCUUCUCGCAUCGGCCAGACUGCCUUGCAUGUCGCUUCCAGCAGAGGCUACCUAGAUAUUAUCAAGUGGUUGGUGGAGGACUGUGGUGCGAUGCCCGAUAUUGAGGACAGGGAGGGAGAGACCGCCUUGCAUAAAGCUGCCCUCAAUGGUCAUCUCCACGUCAUGAGAUUUUUGUUGCCAGACCGGGCGGAAGUUCAUGCGCAGGAUGCAGAUGGCUGGACUGCUUUGCAUAAUGCGUGCUCCAAGGGUUAUCUGGAUAUUGUUCGGUGGCUUUGUGAGGAAGGUGGGGCGUCGGCGCAGGUGGAUGAUAUCCGAGGUGUUAAUCUCAAAAGUAAAGGCGGCUGGACGCCUCUCAUGAAUGCAGCGUCAAAGGGACAUUUGCCGGUUGUACUGUACUUGUUGAAUAAGCAGUCGGCCGACCCCUUCGUAAGGAAUAACUGGGGGGAAACUGCAUAUGACGUCGCUGCGGCUGUAUUCGAAGUAUGGAUUUGCGAGGUUCUACAAAAAGCGGAAGCGGACCGUUGGCAGAAUGACGCCGUGCAAUACAAUCCCUUGACAGUCCACACUACAGUACCUCUCGUCUUGUACGAAAACCAGCGGUUGGAUAUGCGGUUUAAGACCCUCGCAGUUUCUGGUGGUCGUCCGAAAUUUUCUGCCUCGGGCUUGGGGAGACAUGGCCGACGGUCGCCCUUUGAGCUUCGGCUGCCUACUCCUGACAACAGUAGCGGAAGGAAAGAGAUCGCAGCUUGGCGGAGCGGGUUACAGCUUCCGCUCAGGGAAGAUCCUUGGACUUUGCCAAAACCGGGUUCAUCAAAGGAUGGUAUUGAGAGAAGUCAUUUCUGGCUGUCGGACUGGACACUGGACAUCACACACCCCGGUGUCGACGCAGAUGAGGGGUGGCAGUAUGCCCAUACCUUCGAGGACUCGGAAGACUCAUGGACGUCCGAAAAACCUCCACGAUUACAGCGUCUUCUGAGUGGUAGUGGGGCUGUCGCUGCUGGCCUAGGUGGCACCAGAUCACGGAGUAGCAGUGCGACCAGCUCUGGUUCUACUUCUCGCCAGGAUAACACUAAUUCGCAGACCUGGGUGAGGAGACGUCGGUGGGUUCGGGUCAUGCGUAGGCGGCUUGAUAUUCCUCCUCUACCUUACCUGCAGCCGGACGGUGCGCUGUACCAUCUGGGAGUAGACGGCUCGUUGUUCCCGCACAUCGGACAAGAUGAUAACGAUUUCAGUGAUAGUGACGGCCAAGAGAUGGGCCCCGUACCCAGUUCCGGAUUAAUGUCUGCGCAAGAUUAUGUGGCACGUGCGAGAUAUUUGGCUGGCUCUCAGUACAGUGAUGUGGAGUCGACGAACGGGGUCAACUCAGCACUUGAAGCCAGACGUACAAUCGCCAAAUUAGAGCGUGCUACAACCGAGCUUAGACAGGGUAUAUUAGGUGAUAGUGAUGUAGAGCGAAAGACGCAAGCUGAGGUACUCCUUAACGCAUAUAGCCGAGAGUUGGAGCGAAGGCGUCUUGCAGCUGGUGCACAAGGACUGCUUGUUGCUAAUGAUGACGAUCAAGAAUUUGAUGAUUACGAUUCCGACGAUGAAUUUCACUACCCCGGGUCAGAGCCCACGAGUGUACAUAGACCGUCCUCAGUGCGGUCUUCUACUACGGGUCACUUGAAUCAGUUCUCUGGGACUAGAGGACUUACCGAUCUUACACCGCAUCUUUCGCAAGCUCCUGAGUUCCGUGUACCAACGCACGAAGCCCCUCAGAAAGUUCUGACUCCCCGAUGGACGCCACCAACGCCCCAUCAGAUUCAUGCACAGUGGGAAAGAGACGAUACUGUCUCUCAAUGCCGAGAAUGCCGGCGCAGAUUCAACUUCAUAAACCGCAGACACGUGAGCAUUGCCGCCGGUGCGGGCGAAUUUUCUGCGAUCGCUGCUCAUCAUGGAGAGCACUCUUGGAUCCUUCUGAUGUGGUACAUGAUCCCACUUUCCCUGAAACUACGCAUACCCCUGCCCUCCAAAGGCGUACCCAACGGACUCAACAAUGCUCGAAACACGUCUUUAGAACGCAUCGUUAUUGACCAAGGAAGACUCACCAUUCCGAGCCCUUCAAGUGGUCAAUCAAGCUCGCAACUUAGCGAUCUGGCAGAGUGCCCCGUAUGCAACACCAAUCUAGCAGAUAUCGGGCUGCCAUCAGAGCAGGAAGCCCACGUCAAAAAUUGUCUUGAAGGGGGUAGCGGUACUACACCUCAAACAGCCAAGUAUCUGGUCUACAAGCUACCUGGAGAAAGUGCUCUGAUAGGCAUUGAAUGUGCUAUAUGCCUAGAGGAAUUUGUUAAAGGCUCCACCGUUGCCAGACUCAGCUGCCUAUGCAGCUUCCACAACGGUAUGUUCACCAUGCAUCCUUCCGUAUUGCACGCUAACAAUCUCAUUCCAUAG